AUGGCAACUCCACUGCAAGAACGUCAUGAAAAUAAUUCCAAUACUACUCAUGAUUCUAUCAAAAGUUCAUUAAAACGCAGUAAGUCUUUUGGUUUACAAAGAGCUGGUGUUAGCUUUGCUCCAAACAAGAAAUUAUGUUUGUCACCAAUGUUAUCAAGAAGAAAUUCUGCAACUAUUGCUGCUUUAUACAAUGAUUCCUCAUCUUCUUCAGAUGAAGAUCAAGAUGAUUCUCAAGAUGAAUCUUGUUAUGUGAAUAAUCAAAGAAGAGCAAGAAAGAGAGCUUUUAGCUUCAAACGUUCAGCCAGCUUUUCUGACAACAAGCUGAAUCGUGCUGUUUCCAAAUAUAGUGAUGAUGAUGAAGAAGAUGUAACAAGUAAUGUUGACGUUAAAGAAACUCGUGUUGAUGAAUCAAUUGAAAAAAAAAUAACAGCUAUCAUUUCACCACGCUUAUCCCCAAAGCAAGAGCAAAUUGAGAUUGAACCAAGAAAUAUUCAAUUGAGUUCUCCAGUUUCUAAUGCCAUUGUUGAUUCUAUUGAACCAACUCCAUUUACAAAACAUGGUCGUCAUGAUUCUUUUACAAAUCAAAGCUUAUCAGGUGAAGCUAAAUCUAACAUUAGAAGGUCUAGCUUUGAUGGUGAUCAAACUGCUAGAAGUCGUUGUUUUGAAUAUUUAGUUUCUGCAAUUGAUGAAGCAUGGGCUCGUUAUUGUGAUGCUACAACUUAUGCUGAAGAUGAAGUUUUCCACAAUGAUAACAAUAGUUAUUUACCAAAUACCCCAGCUUCUUUAGGCUUAUCAGAUAAUGAAGAUUUUGAUGAAGACAAGAGAGAAAUUUAUGAUGAUUUAGAAGAUGGUUAUAAAUCUGCUUCAACAAAUAUCACUGAAUAUGAUAGUGAUUUUGAUUCCAAAAGAAGAGCUAGCACUCAACCAAGCAGUGUUAAAUUACAACAUUUAAAGGAUCGUUUAUUAAAAGCCAAGUAUUAUCUACAAGAUUUUAUUGAAAGUGAUUCUGUUGAUGAAGCAUGUGCUUUUUGGAAACGUUGGGAUCUUGUUAAAUAUGCAACUAUUGAGUUAGUUGAAGAUGAUGACGAUGAUGAAAUUAUUGAAUCAACUAUUGAAGAUCUUGAAAAAGGUCGUUUAUAUGGUUACUCAUAA